AUGUCGAGCAGUGGCUCCAGUUCUGAAUCGCGUUCGGACGAGAUGGACUUGUUUGGUGAUGUAUCGGGUUUAGUUGAUGAUUUGCAACCAUCGGGAUCUUCUGUUGUUGUUGAUUCCACAAAGGAUGAGCCUUUGUUGAAAGAGAAAAAGCUGGUCUACAAGGAUAUGAAUGCUCAAGGCAUGAGAUCCAUCUUUGAUCGCGAAGAUUAUUCUGAUUUUAAAAUUGUACUCAAACAAAUUGGAAGAACCAUCUACGUGUACAAGGGAAUAUUGGCUGCUAGAAGUGAGUUCUUCAAAGCUCUUGUUGAAGGUGGUUUCUCUGAGAAGGAUAACAACCAACUUGAAGUAGAUGAUGAGAGCGAAGAACGGGCGUUAGUGCCAUUGUUAGAAUUUUGCUAUACCGGAGAGAUCACCGUUCCUGAGAACGAGGUCCUCAACUAUUACUUUAUUGCUGAUAAGUAUCAAGUUGUAUCACUCCGAUCCAAGUGUGCAGACUUUUUGGUCGGCGGUUUGAAGAGUGAAAAUGCUCUGGAAAAUUUCAUUGAAUACUACUCCAAGUUUGAAAGAAAUAGUGGCAUCGAUGAUGAUUUAACCGAUAAGAUGAUCAAAAGAAGUGUGUUAUUUAUCUUGAAGACAUUCUCAACUCUUUGUAAGAAUCCAGAAAAACGAAAAAUUCUUCUCUCCAUGGAUUAUGAGAUGUUGAUGAGAUGGUUACGACCAUCUGCAGAAGGAAAGGAGAUCAAAGGUAUCAAUUGUGAGCCUUCCACAUUUUUGAGAUUUGUUUUAGAAUGGACCACUCAAGACGUUGCAACAAGAUCUCAAUAUCUUGCCGAGUUGGCAUCACUGGAAACAAAACUUGAAUACGGAUCAGUUCUCAUGCUUACCGAUGACGGUGGAGAACUACUUUCAAUUUACGGGGAGCCAGAGUUUAUUUACGAGAAGACUGCUACCGAUGUUACUGGAUCAAAGAUUACCAAGAAAACCUCAAACUAUUCCAGUAUCUAUGUCAACACCAUGUUAGGAAGUGUUAAUUCAACUGCCAUCAUUAGAUGGAAGGUCAAAAUCAUUACACUUAACUCAUGGAUUGGAAUGGGUGUUGCCAUGAAAGAUGUUGUUGAAAAGAAAAAGCUCACAUUCUCGCCAUAUGAUAAACACGGAACAUACAUGCUUUCUCAUAACGGAUAUAUUUGGAAUCAAUUCAUGAAGGGAAGCACAAAAUAUGAAUCUGUUGGAUGCUCGUAUGGUGUUGGUGACACUGUAAUUAUAGAACUAAUUUGUUCCAAGAAGGAGUUGAAUUUCUACAAGAAUGACACCACAAACAAAUUGGCUACCUUUAGUAAUGUCAAGUUACCAGUCUAUCCAAGCUUUAUGUUGUGCGGGACCGAGAGCGUAGAGUUUUCGUGGGAUUUAGAAGAGUCUGAAAUUUAA